UGCCUACGCAACUACAUGCAAAGACUAGGAUGAUGAGAACUGAGGCGAGUUUCAACCAGCUAAAAUUGUUCGCUGCAAUGUCAAUCAAAACAAUACGAUUCAACCAAUGGCCCAGUGCGGAGCCUGGGACUGGAGAGUUUUUUUUGCAGACGUCCAACGCCGCAAGCAGUGCCAGUGUGGUCGUUGCGAAGUAAGGCAACAGCAGCUUGUGCAUUGCUGGGGACAAAACUGUGACUCCAAACUUUCAAGAGCCACUCUCUCCGUGUCAUUUCUCUCCAACAACCCGCUGCUGCUCCGGGGUCUCUGACGGCAGCGCAUCUACUUGUAGGCGUACGUGAGCGCACUGUAGCAAUGUAGCCGGCUGCAGGACUGAACAACGUAUUACCUGCGUGUGGUGCUGAUCUCAGCUCGCGAGCGAGGAUCUCUCCAUCAGGUACCAAUUAUUGGCCUACAAUAGUGGCUAGUAGCUAAUACCACGCGGGCUACAAUCAGCUUGUGCCACACACACACACACAGAAUAUGGCAACGAUGUCCUGGGAGCAAAGGCUGCAGCAAUUCGUCGAAGCUAAGGGUAGCAGUACCAGUGAUGAUGAUGAUGAUGGUGAUGGUGGUGGUGAUGAUGGUGAUUGUGGUGAUGGUGCCGGGCCAUCGGGCGCAGUGUCGGCCGCAUUGGAGGCGGACGUGGAGCAGAUGACGGCGCAGUGCAUUGCCGACUGGCACACGCCGACUGCUGCCGCCGCUGCAGCAUCCACUUACCAGCACAUACCUCGAUUCUACAGAAAGUGUCCGGAUGAGAACGAUGCAGUCCGUAUGAGAGUGAGAGAGGAAGCACGGGCACGUCAUGUGCAGCGUCUCAGCAAGGAAAUGUUGACGAACAGCGACCUUGAUGUUGUCUGGGCUCUUCUGCAGAGGCAAUAUUCCAGUCAGGAGAAUGAAGAGAAGAUGAUCAAUUUUGACGACUUUGUGCGCGUAGGCCAAGAGGCCGGCGAAAAGUUCAGCUCUUACUUCACUCCCAUGGUGUAUGCAAAGCUCUACCAGCAAGACCCUCGUGGCCGGUUACCCAUCAGUCGCCUGUAUGCCUACAUAAUGAGAAAAGUCUGGCUGCAGCAGACGCGCAUAGGCCUGAGUCUGUUCGACACGCACGGCACCGGGGUUCUCCUUGAAGUCGAUUUUGAAAACUACAUCCUGGAGCUGAUUCCCACUCUUCCUCAGUUGAAUGGCUUGGAAGACUCGUUCUAUUCAUUCUUCGUCUGCACCGCCGUGCGCAAGUUCUUCUUCUUCCUUGACCCGCUGAGGACAGGCAAGGUGAAGGUGCAAGACAUCAUGUCCUGCAAGUUUCUUGACGAGCUACUUCAGCUACGCGACGACAAGCUGACGGCCGACCAGCAACGUUGCAACUGGUUUUCAGCACCGCACGCUCUGAGGGUAUACGGUCAGUACUUGGCAUUGGACCUCGACCACAACGGCAUGCUCAGCAAGCAAGAGCUGAUGGGGUACGGUACUGGGACACUGAGUCCCGUGUUUGUAGACCGUGUGUUUGACGAGUGUCUGACCUACGAAGGAGAGAUGGAUUAUAAAGGUUAUCUGGAUUUCGUACUAGCUAUGGAGAACAGGAAGGAACCGCAAGCAUUGCACUUUUUUGUGCGUCUACUGGAUGUGCAGAAUCUCGGAUACAUUGACAUGUUCUCCGUCUACUAUUUCUUCAAGGACAUACAGCGUAUGUUGGAAGCGCAUGGCCAGCCAAUGGUUCAGUUUGAAGACGUGAAGGAUGAGAUCUUUGAUAUGGUCAAGCCGGUGGAUUCGCUCAAAAUUACACUGGAAGAUCUGCUAAGAUGUGGGCAAGGUGACACGGUGAUAAGUCUUCUCAUCGAUCUCAAGGGGUUCUGGCUUUACGAGAAUCGAGAGCAGCUUGCCGCUGAUCCGUCCCAACUCGACGCGGAAGACGAAGACGACGAUGAAGUGGAUGACAUGGAGCUGGCUAGCUCGGUUCCUAGCGGCGGCCAUGUUGGUAACCAAGGUGAUGGUGCAGGCGGCCAUGUCGGUAACCACGGUGAUGGUGGUGGCGACAGCCAGGAUGUCCUGCCGGUUGAGCGGGAGUUCCGCGAGAUGAGCGUGGAGGAUUUGGAGUGAAGCUGUGUGUGUGUGUGUGUGGGUGCUUGUGUUUGUGUGUCUGGCGUAGUGGAUGGUGUACAGUGGAGAGAGAUCUUAGUGUAAACUAUGCGGGAUUAGAAAUUACUUUCUUUUUGCAUGCAAUGUACUGUACUGUUUACCUUACUGUGCAUUGACCUUGAUUCGUUUAAUACCUUGACCAUGAUCUUUGUCUACCUGUCAGUCAUGCAGGCUAUCUGGAGAUCAUCACGAGAAAACGUUCUUGAUGGAAAUAAACUGUUCCUAUGAUGACAA